UCUUUCAUUUUCUUUCAUUUCACUUACAUAUGUAUUUCCAAAUUUGAAUUUGUCAUUUACUGUUUGUACGCCAGUCUUACCGGCACAAGAAUACAAAGUUGAAAUAAACGAACAACUUUUCAACGGUGACAACGUCAACGUUCAUUAAAUACAAAUUGGUGGUGUUCAUUUCUUUUGUAAGUGCCUGCAGGAGUUUUGUGGCGUGCACAACAAUUUUAUUUCAACUUUCACUGUUUCUUUCUGACGCCUGCGUUAUUUCAAAUUUAACGUUUUUCCGAAACAAUGGAAACACGAAGUCAAACGAAAGCCGAAAAGGCAUCAUCAAGAUCGUCGACGCCGCAGUCGACAGAAUCUGAUGAAAUCGACAUGGAUGGAACUGUAGUUGCAUCCACAGAACUUGAGAAGUCUUUACAAAAAAUGGUUCUGGACUUGACCGAACGCAUCAAGAUCCUGGAAUCAAGACCGAUACCGACCUUGCAAUCAUCUACGUCGAGCAAUGUUGAGUUUGCAAUUGCAACGUCGACGUACACAACAAAUUCCUCAAGUGAUAAUUUGCCUUCACAAAUCGCUCAAAUGCCAAGGAGCACACCGUUAUCUACGUGUAAUUCAUUGAAAUCUGGUGCAACUGCUAGCUACGCACAGCGACCGGCGGUGCCAUUGCAAUCGCCGCACUUAAAUUUCUUGCCGACGACUACUUGGAAUUUACCAUUCCUACCGUCAAUACCCAUGUCCGCCACCAUCACUACCACAUACGCCCGACCGAACGUAAUGCCUAUUGCUGCCAGUACACAAUUCCCGUUUAACCAAGGAACGAAUAUGGGGGCUUCAUACUCUACGGUUCCACAAUUGAGUACUCCACGAAAGUUGUACGAUUUGCCAGAAUUUAAUGGCCGCCCCGAAGACUGGCCUAUAUUUUUGACAUCUUUGAAUGAGUCCACAGCUGCGUAUGGUUAUUCCAUGCUAGAGAAUACACUUCGCCUACAGCCAAAGCCACAGUGCUCUCACUGCCUCCCACAAUGCCACGUACACAAUCGAAGCAAGUACUUGCCGUAA